AUGACGGUUCAGAACAUCAACAACGACACCUGCUCCGUUUGCCAUUGUGCCGACGAUACCGACGCGGGCCUCGCACCGCAGCCCGUGUGGAUAGGCUGCGAGGUGUGUGCACGCUGGUUCCACGCCUUGUGCGUGGGAUUGAAAAGACACGAGCUCGAGCUGAUUGCCGAGUACCACUGCACCGACUGCGCAGCCAAACACGGCGACUCGGUGCUGCGCCGCAAGUCCGGCCGUGCCAAGCGCAAGAUCGACUACAUCGCGUUCAACGAGGGCCAGCAGCUGCGCGAAAUCGAUAAACACCCGCAUAUUGACCGGUUCAAGAGCUUCGAUAACGAUAGGCCCUUGGAUAAGCUGAUAUACAUUGUGCGGCCCGAGGUUGACGGCGACUCCAAUGGCCGCAUAACGGACGCCACCAUCAAGGACAUCAUUUUCCGCACGCAGAUGAAACGGCCGAUCCUGAUCCCCGCGUGCAAUCCCACUGUGACCAACGCAAAGAGCUGCUACGACCUGAGUUUCCGGUUCCCCAAGCUGAGCGUGGACCAGAUCGCUGAGCAGGUCGGUCUUGACAAGGAGGUGCCUGUGAUGGACGUGCUGACGCAGAAUAACUCACCGAACUGGACGCUCCAGAAGUGGAGAGACUACUUCAACCUCAGCUCCCAGGAUCGCGACCGAAUCCGCAACGUGAUCAGUCUGGAGGUGUCACAGUCGCCGCUGGACGCGCAGAUCGAGCUGCCCAAGUGUGUGCGCGACAUCGACGUUGUCAACAAGAUCUUCCACGAUUGCAAGGACCAGCUGGCCCAGCACGACAUCGAACGGCCCAAAGUCAGCAAAUAUAUUCUCAUGUCGGUGAAAGACUCGUUCACCGAUUUCCACAUCGACUUUGGCGGAACCUCCGUGUACUACACCAUUCUACAGGGUAAGAAGCAGUUUCUCAUGUUCCCGCCAACCAAGCGCAAUCUUGCUGCGUACGAAAAAUGGUGUUUGUCCGACGAUCAGAACUCUGUGUGGUUUGGCGACCUGGUGCAACCGUUGCGUACCAGAGACAAACUAGACCCGGCGUACAUGAACAACGGCAUCAAGAUCAACAUCGACGCAGGCGACCUGCUGAUCCUGCCCUCUGGCUGGAUCCAUUCAGUGUACACUCCAUGCGACUCGGUGAUUAUUGGCGGCAACUUCCUCAACCUGCUCAGUCUGAAAAACCAUUUGGAAAUCUACAAGAUCGAAAUCAACACCAAAGUCCCGGACAGAUUCAAGUUCCCAAACUUCAUCAAGGUGAUCUGGCUCAUUGGCUGGUUCGUGAUGCAAAAAGAAACCGUUUCCGCGUUGGAAUUAGAGGCAUUGGCAAACCUGCUACCAUUCUACAAAAGUUUGCUCUCAGACAUCGAUAACAUCGAAUCAGCAGACAAGGCUCACAAACGGAUCAUCGCUAAAGUGAAAACAGCACUCCCCACCGCAGUCAUAGGGAAACCGUCGCUGUUUGUGGAAAAGUUCGAAAAUUGGUACGCUCUUCACACCAAAAAACGCAAACAUAACGAUAUGUAA